AUGGCUGGGGAUAAGAAAAGACGUAGUAGGAGUCGUGAAAAAGACAGAGAUGAAAAAUUUAGAGAAAGAAGACGUUCUAGAAGUCAAUCGAAGGAGAGAGAUAAAUCAAAAAAGAAAGAUAAAGGACGAGAUAGACAAAGAAGCAGAACAAGAAGUAGAAGUAGGAGUCGAGACAGAGAUAAAUACAAAAGGGAUGUUAAGUCGAGUGAUCAAUCAUCUUCAAAUUCAACAGUUAAAAAGGAAGUAACAGAUCCUGUAGAAGAGAUUCCAGCGGUAAAAAAAGAACCUCUGUCUUUAGAGGAGUUAUUAUCAAAGAAAAAAGCAGAGGAAGCUGCAAGGAGUAAACCUGUUUUCCUUAGCAAGCAAGAAAGAGCGGCAGAGGCUUUACAAAGGAGACAAGAAGAAGUGGAAAAGUUGAGAAAAAAACAAGAAGAAGAAAGAAAGAAAAGGAUUGAAUUUAGCAAGAGUGCUCAAUCGAAUUCUCAAAAUGAUAAGAGCGAACGGGAUAGACAUGAUGACUUCAGAAGAGAUAAAGAUAUUGACAGAGAUAAGGAUUCAUUUAGGAGAGGUAAAGAUAGAAGUCAAAAUGAUUCCUUAUCGAAAAAAGCAGACUUGGAUGAAUCGAUAAAAGACAAAGAAAAAGAAGCUGAAGCCAUCAAAGAACGAUAUUUGGGUAUAGUUAAAAAGAAAAGGAGAGUUAGACGAUUAAAUGAUCGAAAAUUUGUUUUCGAUUGGGAUGCUGGAGAAGAUACAUCUUUGGACUAUAAUCCUCUAUAUAAAGAAAGGCACCAGGUACAAUUUUUCGGUAGAGGAAACAUAGCUGGAAUAGAUAUAAAAGCUCAAAAGAGAGAUCAAUCAAAAUUUUACGGUGAACUUUUAGAAAAGCGUAGAACUGAUGCGGAAAAAGAACAGGAAAAAGUCAGGUUGAAAAAAUUGAGGAAAAAAGAAGAAAAGCAAAAAUGGGACGACAGACAUUGGUCGGAAAAAGCACUGGACGAAAUGACGGAACGUGAUUGGAGAAUAUUUCGGGAAGAUUACAAUAUAACGAUUAAAGGAGGAAAAAUACCGGAUCCCAUAAGGAAUUGGAAAGAAGCUAAAAUUCCUCAAGAAAUAUUAGAUAUUAUCGAAAGGGUCGGAUAUACGGAAGCGACUCCCAUACAGAGACAAGCCAUACCGAUCGGUCUUCAAAAUCGGGAUAUAAUUGGCGUUGCCGAAACGGGUUCCGGUAAAACUUUAGCAUUUUUAAUACCGCUCAUCAUGUGGAUACAAUCGUUACCCAAAAUACAGCGAAUGGAAGACGCGGAUCAAGGGCCCUAUGCUAUCAUACUUGCACCUACGAGAGAAUUGGCACAACAGAUCGAAGAAGAAACAAACAAAUUUGGUAAUCCUUUAGGGAUUCGUACGGUCGUAGUGGUGGGAGGUCUGAGUAGAGAAGAACAAGGUUUUAGAUUAAGGCUCGGUUGUGAGAUUGUCAUAGCAACUCCGGGACGAUUGAUUGACGUUUUGGAAAAUAGAUAUUUAGUUUUAAAUCAAUGCACUUACAUAGUUUUGGACGAAGCUGAUAGAAUGAUCGAUAUGGGGUUCGAGCCGGACGUGCAGAAAAUCUUGGAAUACAUGCCCGUGACUAAUUUAAAACCGGAUACGGAAGAAGCAGAAGACGAUAAGUUUCUACUUGCGAAUUACAAUUCUAAAAAAAAAUAUCGACAGACUGUUAUGUUUACGGCAACGAUGCCUCCAGCUGUCGAAAGAUUAGCGAGAACGUAUUUGAGAAGACCAGCCGUUGUUUACAUCGGUUCCGUCGGUAAACCGGUCGAACGCGUCGAACAAAUCGUACACAUAGUGUCGGAGCAAGACAAACGUAGAAAAUUGUGCGAGUUGUUGGCAAGAGGAGUCGAACCUCCGGUCAUAAUUUUCGUCAAUCAAAAGAAGGGUGCAGACGUUCUGGCGAGAGGACUCGAAAAAUUAGGAUACAAUGCUUGCACGCUUCACGGAGGUAAAGGACAGGAACAGAGAGAGUACGCUCUGUCGUCUCUAAAGAACGGAACCAAAGACAUUUUGGUAGCCACCGAUGUUGCCGGCAGAGGUAUCGACAUAAAAGAUGUUUCCAUGGUUAUCAAUUACGACAUGGCUAAAACAAUCGAAGAUUAUACUCAUCGUAUCGGGAGAACCGGAAGAGCUGGAAAACACGGGAUCGCCGUUUCUUUUUGCACAAAAGACGAUUCGGGUUUAUUUUACGAUCUCAAACAACUUAUAUUAUCUUCUCCCAUAUCGACAUGUCCGCCGGAACUUUUAAAUCAUCCCGAUGCUCAACACAAACCUGGAACUGUCGUUACUAAAAAAAGAAGAGAAGAAAAAAUUUUCGCUUAA